GAUCUGUGACUAAAGUGACGAUGAUUCCAACCUCCACAACUCUGGUCUCGAGCAUGACGACCACGACGAGGAAGAGACGAUUGAACCUUGACGUGGAUAGCAGUAGAGCUAUGUCGGAAUGGAGCUUAGGGUUUGAGAUCACCGACAAUGGAGUUUCCGUUGGAAGAAGAAACGACGAUUGUUCGUUGGAGAAGAAACCACAAGGUUUUUCACCACUCCAAAAAUGAUCUUGAUUCUCUUUUUGCUCUAUUUUCAUGAUAAAAUAAAUUCUUGUUUGAAAUCAUGGGAAGAAUUGUUUAUAUUUUAUUACUAAAGAUCAGUUCUUUUCACUGUGAUAAACUUGUUCUGCAAAUUUCAAUGUAUCUUUGAUCUGUAGAAAAAGAUAUUUUAAUUUUGAGUAAAAAGAAAACAAGAAAAGAGAAGAAGUGAGACCUAAUAGUUACAGCUUGUUUUGGUUUCAAUCAGUAAACGUAAAGAAAAAUGAAAAAAGUUAGAAAAAAAAUGUUCUAUUAGUUGAAAGUGACUUAUUGUGUUAUAAAAAUUUUAAAACCGUCUCUCCGUGUAAUUCUUUCUAAUUUCUAAAAGGUCAUAUGUCAUUAAUUAUCAAACAAGGACUAGGUCUACAUUUAACAACCGGAAGCUCGACUAAUCUUGAUUUACUUUCUCAGAAGAAUGUGCAUGCCAUGACUUAGGCUUUAAAAAACAAAAAGGAAUAAUUCUAACAAGAACAGAGCUCUCACUUUGGAGAUCAGCUGAGCUGAUGGUGUUCACUUGAAAGUGGACAAACGGGGAAGCUUGUCCCUCAGGUAGAUGACGUAGUUGGCAAAAAAAAAACAAAAAAAAAAAUAGAUGACGUCGGUCACGUGCCGUCGCUUCAUACAAACCAAAGUGGUCAACGUGUUCUGCCUUUUGGCUCUUCCCUAACGAACAGGACACGUGUCACAUCUUCACACAAGACGUCGUCUUCUCUCUCUCCUUCCCGCCAACCUCUCUCUCACCUCUAAUCCUCCUCCAAUUAAAAUUCGUGAUUCUGAUUUCUCAAACACACAAACAUGGAUUCGGGUAUUUGAUUCUGAUCCCUAAAGUUUUUUUUUUUUCACGAUUAUUAUCAUUAUAUUGGGAGAGAUUUUUUCAAAAAGAUGACGUUGGGUUCAAAGAGGAAGACACCACCUGGGGUUCUGCUUCUGAGGAGAAUCAGAGGAAGAAACUGGAGCCCGAAGACGUUUCGCUACGUGAUUCUACUGAUCACUUUCAUCGCGUACGCUUGUUACCACGCCUCUCGAAAACCCAGCAGCAUAGUCAAAAGCGUUUUGCACCCAGAGCCAAGCACUAAGCCACCGCAAGCUCAUAUUAUCAACGAGCGUCCUUGGCCUUUGGGAAACGUGUUCGUGAAGGAAGAAACAGACGCAAACCGUGAGUCUACAGGAUGGGAACCGUUUAACGGGAAAGGUGGUACGUCUAGGCUAGGAGAGAUCGACGUGGCGUUUCUCGCUUGUUACUCGUUGGGAAUGUAUGUCGCUGGACAUUUGGGUGAUACUUUGGAUCUGAGGUUGUUUCUGACUUGGGGAAUGAUUGGGAGUGGGUUCUUCGUGGGGCUGUUCGGGAUGGGUUAUUUCUGGAAUGUUCAUGCGUUUUGGUUCUUUCUGGUGAUGCAAAUGGCGGCUGGGUUGUUUCAGGCGACUGGCUGGCCCUCUGUUGUGGCUGUUGUCGGAAACUGGUUUGGGAAGAGGAAGAGAGGGCUUAUAAUGGGGAUUUGGAAUGCUCAUACUUCUGUUGGGAACAUUUGUGGUUCCUUGAUAGCUGCUGGUGUUCUUCAGUAUGGUUGGGGGUGGUCUUUUAUAGCUCCUGGUUUCGUCAUGUCUUUAGGAGGAGUUCUUGUUUACUUGUUCUUGGCUGCUUAUCCUGAGGAUGUUGGGUUUCCGGAUAUCAAUUCUAAUUCCGGUAAGUUCAUUAAGAGGAACAGAGACAUUGAAGAAGAAGAAGAAAGUGUAGUAGCAGAUGUUGAAAGAGAAGGUGAGGGUUCAGGGUUUAGGUAUGAGAAUAAAAGAAGUGUUGGUCUUUUGCAAGCUUGUAUGAUUCCUGGUGUUAUACCAUUUGCGUUGUGUCUCUUCUUCUCGAAGCUGGUGGCUUACACCUUCUUGUACUGGUUACCGUUUUAUCUAAGCCAGACUACUAUUGGUGGAGAGUAUAUGUCAGUGAAAACAGCCGGAAACCUCUCCACUCUAUUUGACGUUGGAGGCAUUGUAGGUGGGAUUCUUGCUGGCUACAUUUCAGAUAAAUUCAAAGCAAGAGCUACGACUGCAGCAACUUUCAUGUACGCCGCGAUUCCGGCAAUGCUCGUGUACCAUUCCUAUGGAGGCGUCUCUCAGACAGUCAACAUCGUUCUCAUGAUGGUUGCCGGUUUGUUUGUGAAUGGACCUUAUGCACUCAUCACAACCGCGGUCUCAGCGGAUCUCGGAACGCACAAGUCUUUACAAGGGGAUUCGAGGGCGCUUGCGACUGUGACUGCGAUUAUUGAUGGGACUGGAUCUGCUGGGGCGGCUUUGGGUCCUCUUUUGACAGGGUUUCUUUCGACUUUGGGUUGGGAAGCUGUGUUCUAUAUGUUGGUCGUUGGGGCUCUUUGUGCCGGGUUGCUUUUGACCCGUCUUGUUAUUGCUGAAAUUAGAGAGAAACUUGGAUAUGUUGAUGAAGCUGCUGCAUCUGAACCACUCUUAAACGAUAUAAGAUGAUGGAGAAGAGAAUAGAUGUGUGAGAACAGAAGCCAUUGUUUGCUGUUUUGUUCUGUUAUGUAAUAAGGGUUUGAAGAGGAACUUACAAGUUCAUUGUAUUUUGUGUGUCUGUCUGAUUAUAUUGUGAUAUUUUUUUUUUGUCUAAUAACAAAUGAAGGGUGUUAGAGUUUU